AUGAAACCUAUCGCCCGAAUAACCAAGAAGGUUUUAGAAUUUCUUGGUUGUGUAGCAUGUCUGGGUAUGAAAUUUUGGACAGACAUUGAAGCGAGAAGAAUUUUUUACACCAGACAAAAGUACUCUCGGGAGUGGAGCUUACUAAACAGUAUCUUUUGGAAUUUAAAAGGUGAUGCUUUUGCAUGGAUUACAUAUGGAUCUUACUCUCUAGUAACAUUAUUUUUUGGAAUCAGUAUAUGCAUCGACUCAAGACAAAGGCCAGUCUAUGCUGAAAAAAUUUUUCUACUCAUUGGAAGUCUAAUGUUUUUUGGUGUCGGAGCUUUGGUUUUUGCUGCCAUCGAUCAAGUGCCUGAUGAAUUAAUUGAUAAUGCAGUUAUUCUUGGAGUUUUAUCAUUUUUCGUAGCAUUUUUAUUCCUUAUUGAUAUGAGUGAGAAAAUGAGCAGUAAAGCAAAAACGGAUGCAACACAGACAGACACAAAUUCAAUUGACAGAAAUUUUAGUAGAAGUCCUAAAAUAGGGACAGUAAACAGUGAACUUAAUCUUAUUGAUCAUGAUGAGAAUGAUAGAAGAAACACUCAAAAUCAAUCAAUUCGAUCAAGAGGAUCAAGUGUUCAAAAUGUACAAUCUGAUGGAAUAUCCUCAAAAGUUACUGACACUGCUUCCAUUAUCGCUAAUGAAAGUAUGAUGAACGAUUUUGAAAAUCAAGGACAAUCGCAUUCAAUUAAUAAAUAUCAUAUUCAAACGUCAUUACCAAAUCAUGAGCAUAUCCAUGAAGGCUUUGUGACAAGUGAUGUUGUAAGGGCUAAAACAUAUCCCACGAUUCAAAUGCCUACUAAGGUCAAACAAUAUCCAACAAUUGUUAAUCAUUUUGAAUCUGAACCGUAUAAGAAAAUUUUGCACCGAUCGACUCAGCAACAGCCAUCGUCUUAUACGCGUUAUCAUGAUCAAACACAAAUACACAAUGAUAUGCCUACAUAUUAUGAUGAUUUUUCCAAAUUUCGACACGACACUUAUUAUCAAGGACCAAAAGUUGAUCAGUUAAUGGUAAUACGAGAUUAUUCGAAUGAGCCACAUUCGUGUAACUGCCAGACACGUGAUAAUGAGAAACAAGAUGACAACGUGACAGUUAAAUCAGGCUAUGUGAGUCAGGUAGCAAAACUCUGGGAUGAUAGAACAAAGAAAUCACAAGAUCAAGAAUCUAUACCAUAUUUACACAAAAACACGAACGUCUAA